UUGAUUUACUCACGACACGCACUUCAUUUGGAUAUUUAGAGCAACACACGGUGUUAUGAAUGUGCUGGUCAUGUACAUUAUUCAGAUACAUGUUCGGAAGCUUUUCUCAUUGUUUUAUUUUUAAAUGACUGCCUGCCAAAUUAUUACAGCUGGACUCAACUGGAUUAAGAACAGAAAUACGUUUACUUUUAUUUUUUGACGUUGUUUUGUCGUCGGUUUCUUCGUUGUCUUGCAUUUAAACCUCGGAUAAGUGUGUCUAAUCGUUUGACAAUACGAUUUGCAGUGUUUAAAAGGGCUUUCUUCACUUCUGCAACACGACCCAUUGUUGAAGAAAGGAUGUCAUCGUCUGCAGAAACGUUCUCCUACAUCGAGAUGAGUCGAGUCAGCCCUGCUGGCACUGUCAACAGUACAGACGAUCGUCUACAAACGCAAAUGGAGCCCAGUGACUUAUUACAGGAUGCCGAGUGGUACUGGGCUGACAUAUCAAGGGAGGAGGUGAACGAAAUACUCCACGGCAUGCCUGACGGUGCUUUCCUGGUGCGAGACGCCUCCUGCAAGGUGCAGGGAGAAUAUACAUUAACUGUUAGGAACAACGGCACAAACAAACUCAUCCGGAUCCUCCAUCAAGAGGGCAAAUUUGGGUUCUCGGAGCCUCUGACCUUCAGCUCAGUGCCGGAGCUGAUCUCUUACUACAGGCACAGGAGUUUAGUCCAGUACAACACUUCCCUGGACGUCACACUGGUUUAUCCCGUGUCCCACUGUAGCACGGAUUCACCUGUGAAGGAAGAGUUUCUGAGUGCAACCAGAGAAAAACUCCAAGAAUGUUUAAGGCUUUUUCAGAAGACGGCAGAGUAUGACCAGCUCUACGAUACUUGCACUUCGUUAUUACAGGAAAUUCAAAGAAGGAAAGCUUUUGAGGACAUCAGCAUGACGGAGAUCUCAAAACCACAGUGUUAUUCUCAAGAGAAUUUCCAAGACACGCUCCAGAAAGAGUCUGGAUGUGAGGAGCUGCUGAAGGAGGAGAGCUGGUUUGUGGGAGAUCUGGCUCGUGGUCCGGCCGAGGAGCUUCUUCAUGGGAAACCAAACGGAGCUUUUCUCAUCCGCAACAGCAGCAGCAAGGAUUGCUACGCCUGCUCUGUUGUGGUCAACAGUCAGGUCCGGCACUGCGUUAUUCGCCACACAGAGCGCGGCUACGGCUUCGUCGAACCCUUCGACCUCCACAAAUCUCUGAAGGAUCUUGUCCUGCAUUAUAACCAGACGUCAUUAGCGCAGCACAACCAAGCUCUGGACGUCCGGCUAGCGUAUCCAGUCCACAUGUCCAGCGUUCCCACCGUCUGAAUACUGCCCGAAGAUUUAAGUGCACUAAGACUGAUUUCGUCCAGUGCGUCUCUUCGUUUAACCACACGAACAACGAGCGCAGGGCGUAACAUAACGGCAGUUUGUAUGUAUAUUGCACUUUCCAAAGCAUUCCUCGUCGGCCACAAUACUGCAGUACUUGAACAAGUGUUUAUCGAGCCCUUUGUAGACACGUUUACAGACGCUCACCCAAAAAAACAGCCGAGUUUUUGUAACACAAUCACGUUUUUUUUUUAAUAGCAACUAUAUAUAGUGCUAGGAUGAAUGCAUUUCGUUACACAAUAUUACUGUUUGUUUGUUUUUUUAAGUGUAUUUUGUGAAUGUAAUGCAGCCGGGUGCUUUUAUCGCUCACUUUAUCUCUGAAAUUGCAAUAUAUACAUAUAUAAUUUUUUUUUUUGAUACCGUCCAUGCGAGGAAGGGUUUUUUGACGCAUGGUUUUAUAUGUAUAUAUAUAUAUAUAUUGGUUCCAGAGAAAUCUAAAAAGCUGAGUUGCCAUUUAAAAGGUGUUUCGUUGACAGUAAAAGCUCUAUAUUUUGCACCUGUUAAAGAGUCGACAGGAAAUACAUGUGUUGAAUUUCGGUUUUCGGCGUAUUUGUAAUGUUUACCUUUUUUACUAUGCUUUUUAUUAUCGUUGGUUUGUUUUUUUUAGGAAAGUCAGGACUGUGUUGUCGUCUUGCAGGCUGAAUAGUCCAGACACUUCAUAGUUUUAUAUAAUAAAUGAGUUUGUUUGUUGGUAAAUAACACCAUGCCAAAAGAAUGAUUAUUUUUUAUGAUUAUUAUUUGUGAUUUGUCAGCAGCAGACCAUACGAAGGGAACAUUCACCCUUAUUUGCAGAGCUUAUUUUUGUUAUGCAUGCUUUUUAAAAAAUAAAAAAUGACCCAGACUAAA